CAUAAAUGUUGUCUAAUUUUUUUAAGGUUAUUCAUCUGAUUUCCUAUACUCUCUAAUACCAAAUUCAGAUAGCAUUUAUAUCGCGUAGUGUAUCUUGAUAAGACAUUUGAUGUUCCUGUUAUAAUAAAAUUUCAUUUGUUUCUCACUCGUAGUAAUCAAAUUGUUUAAUUAAUUGAUUAUUUUCGGUUAUAAAAAAAUUGCAAAUGGAUGAUCCUGAAAAAAUUGAAUUGAUUCGCAAAUCAAUAACGACCCAUGAGGAUUUUCCAAAAAAAGGAAUAAUUUACAAGGACAUAUUAGGAAUAUUCCAAAAUGUACCAGCAAUGGUUGCCAUGAAGGACUUAUUAGUCAACCAUGUUCGCAAAUGUAAUCAUGUGGAUGUAAUUGUAGGAUUAGAAUCAAGAGGAUUUCUUCUUGGACCCCUGCUUAGUUUUGAGUUUAACAAACCAUUCGUUCCCAUAAGAAAGGCUGGAAAGUUACCAGGAAAUGUUAAGCAGGAAAAUUAUUCGAUGGAAUAUGGAGAGGCUACAUUCGAAGUACAAAUGGAUACCGUGAGCAAUGGAAGAAACAUAUUGAUUAUUGAUGAUCUUUUAGCAACCGGAGGAUCAAUGGCCGCUGCAAUUCGAUUGUUGAAAUCCGCUGGUGCCAAUGUAAUUGAGUGCCUUGUAAUCGUAGAAUUAACUUAUCUUCAUGGACGGUCAAAGCUCCCAGUUCCUGUGCAUUCAUUCGUUCAAUAUAAUUAAUCAAUACACUUGUGUAAAUAUUAAUUAUUCGAACGACGGCAUAAAUUAACGACGACAUAAAAACAUCAAAGUAGACAAAAAAA